GAAGAAGAAUAUGAAAUCGAAACCAUCGUCAGUCACCGUUUGUAUCGUAGUGCUGUUGUCUCUUAUGAAGUUCAAUGGAAAGGAUAUUCCGCUGAAGAAAACACAGUAGAAAAAGCAGAUAGCCUUCACAAUGAUGUAGCUGACUUGUGUGCUGCUUAUUGGGAUUCAUUAACCGAUACACCAAGACCCAUCAAUGCACCAGCCAGCAGAAACAAUUCUUCCCAGACUACCCCUUCUAAAGGAAACGCAGCAAGUUCCUCUUUAAAGCGAGUCAAGAACGGUGAAUCAAGCGAGAGUCACAAGAAAACUAAAUUUGAUUUGGAGCAUGUACCGCAAUAUAUGACUGAAAGGGGAUUUUCAUACCCCAAGACAUGGCCCAACUUAAAAACCAAGUGGGAGACGGAUAUGGUGAAACUUCGCGCGGUACAAUUAUCACCUAUCGACAAGAAUAUAAAGAUGGCCUAUAUUGAAUGGAAAAAUGGAGAUAAGACAAUUCAUACGUUGGAUGAGUGUCACAAAAAGUGUCCAGAGAAGGCAAGUGGUUUUUUU